UUCGCGGUGUCGGGUAGAAAAAAGAUUGAAGACAUUAAUCUACGCAAGCAGUCACUUUGAAGAGUUCAGGAGCCUGCCUACAAAUGUGGAAUCUCUCUGUAAAGUUCAAUUUGACAUUGUACUACUUCAAUCGGGGGCACUGGCAGUGGUGAAAAGCACCCAGAUGCGUCUUUUUAUUCUUUCAGAUCUAUUAUCGCACACAAAUACGGGAGUAGUUUUCAAUAAAGUCCUUUUGCUUGAAAAGGACAAUUUCAGCCGGCGGCCCGUUUAACGGUUUUCAGAACUUGCAGCUCGCGGCGUCAAUUCAAAUAUUUGAACACUAACGGUUAACAUUGUUAUUUUCUCGACGCAAGAACAGAGAGACAUCUUCCCGACGACUGUUAAAAUACUGAAAGGAGAAUACCAGUACAAGAGGGUGGUAUCAAGGAACUGAAAUGAAAGACCGACCGGUACAUUUUAAAUGUGAAAGCCUCACACCACCAGUAAACGCCAAGAAGGCGGGGACUUAUCCGACCGGAAACUACUCUAUAAGUAAAAAGCGGAAGUUAUGUUUGCCCUGUAAUCCGUCCGUCCGGAAUCAGAUCCGGUGUGACGGCGGAGUGCUUCGUGUGUUGUCCGGAGGGAAACGUUAACAACGCGGAAAAGAUCGGCGGAGGAGUGGUUCUUCAACGGGGUUGAACGAUAGUGAAAGAAUCCAAAAUGAGCGUGAGAUUUACGAGAAGUACCAGUGCCCGAGUCAAGGAUUUAAGAGGAUCCUCCAGAGAGAAGAGUUAUGCUGGAAUAAAAGUGACAUCGCGUUCUCCAAUAAAGAACCAGAGAAAAAGAAACGUCGAUUCUGAUUAUGGAAUGAAAUCAGAAUCACCAGAACCUCCAAAGAAAUCUCCUAAAGCUACUGAUUCAGGACAUGCGUCAAGUUCAGAAUUACCAGAAUCUCAGAAGAAGUCUCUUAAAGGUAGGUUCUCUGCUCGGAGACAGCCCCAAGAAAAUCGAGAUGAUCAUUCUGUUCCUGUUAAAGGCGAUCUGGAGUUACGGUCUAACACAGAACCAGAAGAGAUGGACUAUUCCUCUGAGACCAACCAAGCGUCUCCAGAUGGGAACCAGUCUGAAGAUACCAACGGUCUUUCGGUGUCGCCUCAGAAUCCUGCAGAUGAAGAUAUGGAUUCAGAAUCUGAGGUGGAAGUUGAGAGGUUGCAAGAACCCACAAGAGUGUCGACGCUUCAAACAUUUUCUGGCCCAUUUCCUUCAACUGGCAAUACGCAAAGAGUACCUGACAGACAGACACCACUAUAUUCACGCCAAGCCCAAGAUAAGUCCAGAUCACUUCCAUUUUGUCAUACAGCAGACCAUCACCAAGCCACAAGUCAGAUCAAGUAUCAGACCUACUCUGAUGUACAACAUGGUGCACCAUCUCCCAAGUGGAGAUCAGCAGCUGACCUUCCUGCCACAAGCCACAGGGAGUACCAGAACUAUUCUGAUGUACGGCGUAGUGCAAAAUCUACCAGGUUGAGACCAGUAGCUGAUACUUACCAGCCCACCAAGUACAGGAAACCCCAAUACUACACAGAUUCUGCACAAGCUGCACAGUUCAUCAGGCCAACUGCAAAAGAAUCCAAGUCCUCCUCCUGGAAAGUUAUAUUUCCAGCAUUGGGAUUGGUUGUGGUCUUGAGCAUCUGUGUAUUUUAUCUUUGGGUAUUUGAGAAGCCUGAUCAUCGAAUGCUGAAAGAGGAGCUCUUCCUGGCCAAGUGGCAAGAGAUGAAGACCAAAUUCACGCAUCAGCAAGAUGAAUUGUGGAAACGAAGCAGUAUUCUAUUGAAGAAACAUAUGGGUGAGGCAGUGCCCACUCAACCCAUUAUUCUCAUGUUUACUGCUGCUCAGGAUGCAAAGAAAACCAUGCAAUGCCUCACUCGCAGGAUAGCUGAAGUUUACUCUUCUGUUUUUGAUUCAAGUGCACUAGAAAUCGAUGGAUCUGCGCAGAACUUACAGGAUAGUAAUACGGUGAAGCUGGAGCUGGACAACCAACUGACUGCGGAGUUCACGGGAGGGAGGAAGGCUGCCAUAAUACAUCACUUCCAGGAUCUCCCACCCUCUUCUACCUUUCUGUUCUACAAGUACUGCGAUCAUGAAAAUGCUGCAUUCAAGGAUGUCUCUCUUUUGAUCACCGUCUUACUGGAUGAGCCAACAUUGAAGCCGGACUUGCCCCUCAAAGACCUGGAGGAGAUGGUCCAUGAUUUUGUCAAGAAGAAAUUCUGCUCCGAUAAACAGCAUAUGGAUAAUGAUAAACUGAGCGGGCUGUGGAGCCGUAUUUCCCAUCUGGUGCUACCGGUCAGUCCGGAGAGAGAUAUCGAAACUGGAGAUUGUCCUGCUUGAAAUUAUUUGAAUGACAGAGAGUUUACAAUUGCAAAUGAAACAUGGUUAUGCUUUACAUGUCAAAGACCAGCUGUUUCUUUUUGAUGGCUUGUUCAAAUCACCCAACUGUGGAAUAUAUUUUUAAGUAUCUGAUUUGUGAGUAUUGUUCUGAACCUGGAUUUGAUGCUUUCUGGGCAAUGAGGAAAAUGCAAAUCAUUUUUUUAAACAAAUCUACCUUUUUUUGUAAAUUUUGGUAUUAAAAGUUUGUAAAAAUUUAUUUUUUUUUCCUCCACUGAGAUACUUACUUUGUGCUUUGGAAUAUUGUCUUAUCUGCCUGACCCUCUCUCACCUAAGGAGCCAAGGUCCAUGCAGUCAUUACUUCAGGAUCUCCACUUUCUAUUGUUGGGAACUGCCACAUCAAGCCCAAGAGUCACUAUAUAGAUGGUAGGACUGGCCAUUUGCUUGGUCACUGUUGUUUUCCCAUCAGCUGGCAGAGGAACACUAUCGGUUAAAGCCAAGAGUGCAUCAAUCCGCUUAUUCUCUUGACUGCAGUGAUCACAAGCUCCAGAUUGUAAGUAGAGAGUGGAAAUAGAGUUGGAACUUGGGCACUGGAAACAGUAUGUACGAGUGCAUCCAAAAUAUUUGGACAUUAUUGGUGAUUUCCAUUCAAUAAGGAACCAUAUUUCAUAUUUUAAUAUUAUGAAGAUUAACUUUCACUCCAAAAAUAAUGGUAUAAAUUGGAAUUGUGUUUAUAUUUCUUAAAUGGUUUUAUAUUAAUUGUCUAUUUCAGCAAAUCCUGAAAAAAAUUAUAAUAAAACAUUUGUAGAAAACCUCUUAGAUGUUUAAUACCUUCAAAAAUAAAGAAAAUGAAAAGAA